AUGGCUAGGAAACUAUGUUUCCUGGGUAAAACAUGUGUAAAAAUAUGUUUUUGUAACAAUGUUUCCUGGUUUGUCCAAAGCGAACGUCUUCCUUAACCAAUGUUCACAUAUUUAGAAGAGUUUCCAGGUCUUGUUCAUUUUAUGUACAUCGAUCGUACAGCCAAUCGUGUGAUAGCUCCAUCGAUCAACACGGACGUAUUUCAAAUAUUCAACCACCGUGAUCCAGCACAUUUUAUUAAGCAGAGUAUUUGGGAUGGCUGGAACUAUAUACAAACAUUUCUAGUACAAGGUUAGUUUUCGAUAUUUAUAAUGGGUGAUUCCAGCCAGCUAUAGACUAAACUUUGAUCAAGUGAAGAAGAACGAAAUCCAACACCACAUCUGCUAGAAAGAGCGUCUUAGAAUGAGUAAAACUGCAAAGAUUGGUUGCUAAAUGUUGUAAAAUGAAAAAAUAUAUAUAACCCUGUGAAGUUCGCAGAUUUUGUAUAUAUUUGUAUUACGCGCGGUAAAAAUAACCACUUUUGGCUAAAAACGGUUAUUUUUCCCGCGCGUGAUGCAAAUGUAUACAAAAUUUGCGAACUUCACAGGGCUAUAUUUUCCUCAUUUUACAACAAUUCGCAACCAAACGUCGCAAUUUUACUCAUUUUAAGAUGCUCUUUCAAGCUAUGGUAAUGGAUUGCGUUCUUCUUGUUUAGAUCAAAAUUUUGUCUAUAGCUGGAAUUACCCAUUGUACAUUAUACCAUAGACGGAUUUUCAUAUUUAUUACUGGGGUGGUGCCAGAAAUAUUAGGGUGGUGAGCCGUGAGCAGGUGACUGAAGCAACACCAAGUGUCACCAAACCCCAGUAAGGUCUAUAUUCUAGGGGUGGAUCACUAGAGCCGCGAGGGGGAGUCUAGAGAGCAGAAAACAAAGUAUCCCAGGAAAAAAUUGGGAAAAAAUCAUGAUUUCUAGCUUCGAAAAAAAGUUUUUUGAAGUUGUCAAUCUGUCAUAUCAAUGGAUUUGGCAUGUCCGAUUGUCUGUUGAGACUUGAGAGAGUUCAAGACUUAAAGUUAAAUGAACCUGUAAAAGUGUAAACCCAAUAGGCCAAUACACAAUAUGCUUUUACUUUUAUAAAGUCAUUGACAUUGUGUUGUUUGAAUCCGAGUACAAUUUAUGAUGCAACUCCGAUGUAAAUAAUAUUUGGGGGGUAAAGAUUAAAUCUAGGCAAGUCUAUUUCCUAAAAAUAGUGUUCGUAAAAAUUCCAAACGUUCCUUGCGUGCAAGCUAUUCGCAUGACAAGUCACUGCAAACUCUAUUCAGGGAAGAUAAUAGAGUUUCAAAACUUUACAAUUGCUCCAAUAAACCAGUGAAUGCAAGCGAGGAGCGAUUAGUUUCAGAGUGUUGCACUGUCUUUUUCUGUUCGAGUGUACUCCUACGUUUAUUUUGUAUCAUCAACACUCUGCACGUUGGAGUGGACUAUUUAAUUAUUUAUUUAUUAUGCCGAAUAUUGGGGGGGUUGAAAAUUUUUUUUGGAGGGGUGGACAUUUUGUUUGGAGGGGUUAUAGCUAAUAUUGAGGGGGUAGCACCCCCCUGCACCCCCCUAGAAAAUCCGUCUAUGCAUUAUACAGAUCUCGUCGGUCUUCAAUGCACUGCCCUUUACGAUCGCGUUUAUAGACUUGUUAGAUAACCUGAGUUUCUUUCCCGUUAGGUCACAUGAACGUAUCUGUUCAUUACGGUGAUUUUCUAUUCACGUACAUUUUGUGGUUUGAAGACUCCUCAGGGAACCAGAGAAAUGUCAAAGAUACAAAUGCAUUUGUAACAGAAUUUCCUGAAUCUCCUGGGAUCAUUGGGUCAUAUUUCUACAGGUACACACCGAUAGCCCGCUUCCACGAACUCCUUAAUUUUCACCUUCCCACGAUUCGACUUCCCAAAUCCUUUUAGAUCUGCCAUUAUGCAGACCGGAGUAGCGUGUGAUCCUAUGUAGACGGAUAGCACGUGAUUAUAAAAUCUUGACUGAGGGCCUGUUCAUGUGGGGAAAAGUUAUCCUGGUUAGCGAGAAAACAUUUCGACAAGUAUACAAGCGAGAUUUCGCCUUGUUAUGAAAAUAAUAUGAAAAGUUACACUCGUGCGUUCAUAUGAGGCGAAACAUUUUCUCUUGUGCCGAGAUCUUACUUGUUGACAGGCGAGAUCUCGGUGACCGGGAUAAUAUUUUUCCCAUAUGAACACAACAUACUUUCUGUCGUGUCAACAACUUUUCUGUUUUUAAAAUGUAUUUUAAAGUUUCUUAACUUUUCCCGUCACACCAGUGCUACGUCACAGCCGGAAACUUUCCUGGUAAGCGGGAUAACGUUUCUCCAUAUGAACAGAACAAAAGUAUUUGGCUAGUCGAGAUGUUUUCUCGCUAACCGGGAUAACUUUUCCCCAUAUGAACAGGCCCUUAGAGAAGUUCAGAUUUGACUUCCACCAUACGACUAUCACUACUCCUGGUUAAUUGGAUGUAUCAAACACAUCUGAUUGGUUAAUGGUCCCUUAAAAGGUAAAGAUAGUGGAAGUCAAGUCUGAACCUCUCCGAUGUUGGGUGCCAGUCUAGGUAGAAAAAAGUGCAAUCUACGGCGUCUGUGUGUGAUGUAACUGUCUGAAAAGUUGAGUGAAGAACCUUCGUAUGGAUAUAACGCCAUGAGCAAACUAGGGAAAAUUGUCGCUGAAACAUUUGAACAGUCCUGUGUUUCAUCGAAUGUUCCUCCUUUUACCUGCCCUUGGAAAGCCUUCGGUAACUAAUUUGCUCUUUCAGGUAGUAAUACCUACGCUGGACCUCCAAGUUUGAGAUAUUUUUUCAGGUAGUUCAGACACAAACCACGGUAGUUUAUUGUAGAAUAUUAUCUACACUGGACCACCACAUUUGAGAUAUCUUUUUCAAGUAGAUCAAACAGAAACCAUGGCAGUUUAUUGUAAACUACUACCUCUACACUUGACCACCACAUUUGGGAUAUCUUUUUCAAGUAGUUCAGACACAGACCACGGCAGUUUAGUGUGGAAUACUUCCUACACAGUUCAAACACAAACCACGGCAGAUACCUGUACAUUGCUGCCUACAACGAGUCACACGUUCAGCGAGAUAUAUUUUACGUUUGUUUUUUUUUCGCAGUGAAUUAAAACGACGCUGUUUUCCCUCCACCAUCCGAGACAAGAUUUGUUGCCACGAAUUGUUCUGUAUGCACCUGGGUGUAUUACCGCUGAGUCAAACCACGGGACAUGCUCGCAGGCUCGCUGCAAUGAUGUGGGAGGUCUCGGGCGGAGCGAUGGUUGUACCGUUGCUUGCAUAAACUGCAUUAAACGUGAAUACGCAAAUGAUCGAACGUGACACGCAAACGAUCAUACACGAAUGCGCAAACGAUUCAACGGUACACAACGGUACACGCGUAGAAUUCUCACAACUUGUCAACAAGAUGUUCGCAACAGCCUUGUUGCAAACUUGUCAACAAGUUGUAACGAUGCUGUUAUUUAAUUUUAUCAAUACAAGGUUGCUACAAGGUUGUCACUCACAACUUGUUGACAAAUUGUUGGACACCGGGACGAUAACAAGUUGUUGGAACACCUUGUAACACGUCUGUUGAGCUCAACAACCUUCUAACAAGUUCUCAACAGGCCGUUGACAACUUGUCAACAAGCUGGGAACAAGCAGUGCGAACACAUCCUAUUGACAAGUUGUUGGAACAGCAUUGCUACAAGUCUGCUGCAGGUUUGUUACAACUGUGCGUUUAGUUUACGUGUGUAGUGCAUAAAUUAAAUAUGAACGCGCACACGAUUACACGCGAACACGCAAAUGAUUAAACGUGAACGCACACGAACAUGAACCAUAAAUUUGGAUGGAAUUAUUGGAAUUUUCGAAUUGGUAUUAAUGGCUUAAUUUAAGAAGCCAUCUGGCUACCCUGACCUGAAAUAUUUGAAAUAUUCCUGGACUCCUGGUAUAUUUGUUGUAUGACCCAAAAAGAUACUCAUUUAAAAUUAG